UAGGGGGCCUGGCUACUCUCAUCUUCUCUCUGCUCUGCUAUAUAUUUCAGUGAUCCAAACGCAGUAAAUCCGAAUUUAAGUGUCGAUCGAAACUCUCAGGAUCGGCUUGCAUUAAUUAUUGCGAUGGAGACAUGCGAUUUACUGGAUCCAGGCCCGAAAGUCCCGAAUUGAGGAGUGCGAUGGAGUCGUAGUCAAUGAUUUCAGUGCUGUGUUUCGACUCAUUGUUGUUUUUGCUCCAUGAGCUAAGAGGAUUAAAAAAUGUAUUAAAAACAGCUUUGUGGUGACCGCGUUUCGAUGAAGUAAUCGUUUAAAUGAAUGUAAAAUAAAUGUAUAUUUAGAGGAAGAUAAUUGCAGUUAAAGACUUUGCCUCGUUGAGAUACGGCUGUACGAUCGUUACAUGUAAAUAUGUAAAUUUAUAGUUAAUAAUACUCGUUGAUUUCAGCACCGCGAAACUAACGAGUCUCACAAUGUUUACCCACGGUGUGGUGUCUGCGGGAACUUCGGAUCUCAUCCAGCAGGCUUUUCAACAAAUGACCGAGGAAGAUAAUAGCGAAAACGAUUUUGUUGCAUUUUUGCACAGCGAUGGAAAUGAGACUCAAGCGAUUCAUUUGACGUCUGCUCAAGCCGCUGCAUUGGGGCUCAAUUUUGAGGUUGACGAUACCUCUGAUGUCACUUCGUGCCAACAGAAUUCAAAUUUACACGAGGGUGGUGACGGUGGUGAUCAGGUGAUUCAAAAUGAUUCCACUUUGUCGGAAGUAUCUUCUUCAGCAUUGCAUACUAAGGUAACCAUUGAAUGUAUGGGUUUUGAAUCUAAUAUGGAAGAGAUGGUUAAGGAUGCAGACGUUAAGACAGAAAAAGGAUCGACGUCCACUGAUGUCUGUGUCAAAAAAUCAAAUGAUGCGCAUUUGGUGCAACAAACACCGCCAAAUCAUGAAACCGACUCGUAUAAUGCAAGUUUACAAGGAAAUGUUAAAUUGCAGAAAAAUAUACACAUUAAUUGCCAGGAAUUCGAAGAAAAUAAAAAUGCAAACUUAAUUGGUUUACAUUAUAACGUUAAUGAGAAAAACGUGCACUCGGGGAAGGCUGGUUCUAUCGAAAGCGUCCAAGCGCAGAUCUUUCAAAAAUUACCAGUAAUUUUACCUUCGUCACAGUUUAUUGUAAGACCGUCGCAUUCUAUAGUUAAACCUGCUAAGAAUGUUCACAUAAUUCCGUGUAUAAAUAAGAUGUCUAAUACCGUGGUAAAUAGAGUUCUCGGAGUGAACCCGGUUGAUGGAUAUACUCAAAAUUCUAUAUUACUUCCAAAAACUACAUUACGAGGACCCGUAUCUCCACAAGUAACGAAGGUUGUGCCCGUUUCCAAGUUUUCAAAUAAUAGCAAAGUACCUGUGCACAUGUUAAAUGCUUCCCAAAUUAAAACUGGCCAAAUUCAAGUCGUGCGACAGAUGGCAAAUGAUUCUCAGAUGUCGAAUCCAGUUAUGAAGGUGACAUCUCCCUCUUCACAAAAUAUUUUAAGACCUCAGCUUCGCUUGCCCAGUGCUUCGAAAACAUCGCAAGCAACGAUUCAGAAGGAAAAUGUACAAAAAAUAUUUAAUCCGCUUGUAAAGAGUAACUCAAAUUCGUUACUAAUUAAAGGUACACAGGUUUUAAAUAACACGAAUUUGACAGCAGCGAUUUCUACGUCGUUCCUCAAAUCUCUGCAAAUACCUGCUCAGAUGUUGAAGAUGCCUUCUACCGCAGUUGUAAAACACGGAUCAGUUGCACCAAGUUUGGAAAAAACAACGGUUGACUGUGCUGCACCUAUAACUCUUCAAGUGACUCCCAUUGUCAAGUCUCAGGAUCUUAGAACGAUACCUCCGUGUCCGAUUCCUGUUUUGAAACCUUCCAAUGUUGGCGCAACCCGAUUGUCGAUUCUAAAACCUCAAACAAAGGUGACACAAGGCGAUCCCUGCAAGUCGGGCAUAAUUACUUCCAUAAAUAAUAGUGAAAACGUAUCGAAUAAUGUGCACGUUACAACGGCGAUACAAAGUAAAACUCCACAUCGGCCAAGUAAUAAUACCGAAUCUGUGAAACCUUUGGAGAAUUCUGGCAUUAGGCAAAAGGUUUUUUGUGAGUUUACUGAUACAAAUAUUAAAAGCGAGCAGAAAGUUAGAACUAUAACAGGAAAGAAGUCUGCAACAGUUGCAAUAAAGCAGAACGUUUCGAAGCCCUUAGGCUCCAGUGAAAAUCCGAUACAAAUCGUUCAACAAGGUCGUACAUUUCACAGUAUGCAACAUCUCUCCCAGUCCCAGUUGAAACAAAUUGCUCAGGUGUUACAACGACGUGGCCAUGAAACAAGCGUAUCCAAUGAGAAAAUUGUAUAUAGGGUAGUAUUUCCCGAAGAACUGGAUCUAAGGUUCAGAAAUCCGGAAACUCUGCUGAAAAGCAAAGGAAGCAAGAGGGGUAGACCAAAGAAAAAUGCCGUGAGACCUCUAAUUCCUUCCAAACCUUUGACUUCACUGGACGACGAGCAGGACGAACCGAAGGAUGAACGGAAGAAAGUCAUAGCCCGAACGCGAUCGGGAAGACUCUCUAGACCGCCCAGACACAUGCUGCGAGAUUACAAGCAUUUGCAUCAUCUGGAUUUCCUGCAGCCGGAUCUGGACGAUUCCGACGGGGGAUACAGCGACUAUAACACAAACGGUGAUAAAUUGGACGACGAAGAGUCCCCUAAGGGACUUCUUAGCGGACUGGAAGUGCCUAAGCGUAAGAUUUCGGACCACUUUAGGUGCCCUACGUGUAACAAAAUCUAUUUGGGUAGGACGAGAAUGGCGCGACAUUUCGAGCUGCACCCCGAUCAUGGCAGUCUGGAACAACUACCGGCUCCAACCGCGGAGCCCGAGGUAAAGCAAACGUUUGCUCAAGAUCCGCUUAAGCGAAAAGGGAAGAAAAGAGGUCCCUGGGCUUAUGUCACUCCGGAAGCCAAAUCGGAACGAAGGCAGACGAAACUCAAGGAGGCGAUCUCGGUCUGCGAAAACGUCGAGAUCGCGAAAAUCGCCGCGAAACCUGUCCUGGGCGCGCAGUCUCUGUUCGAGCUGCUGGUCCUCAAGUCCGAGAGCAACGUGAGAACGUUCCUGGACGAACUGAAAGAGUUGAUGCACAGUGUCAGGAAAAAGGCCGGAGUCAUGCUGACUCUCGCGACAGACGGCGAGAGGACCAACGAGGACGUCAUCGACCUCAGCGAAGAAUUGCUCUGCGACGCUUUGGGCCUCAAUCCUGGACUUUAUACGAUCAAUUGUGCGGCAUUAAGGAAAAGCGAGCCUUCCUUGAACGGAUCGCUGAGCGAAGAGCCACCGCAGAAAAUGCAGAGAGUGCUCCUGCCCGAUAAGCACGCGGAAGAGAAGUUUUUUAACGGGUUUUCGGAAAACUCGGAUCUCGGCGUCGCGGACUUCCUCGGCGAGAGGAAACCGGACGCACCUACGAAUUGCCCGGAAGUAUUGACGGCUCUGACGCUAAUGCCAAAGUGUUCCUACCAGGAAAAUGGCGCCGCGAUCGGGAAAUCUGGAAGCGUCUCAAAGUUGUUGAUUUCAAACCCUGAGAUUCAGAACCAGAUUUCGGAGAAUCCCGGCUUCCAGAAGGUAGACAUAAGCACGACGUCAUUGUCGAGCUUCCAGAAAUUGGAGCCUUUCAAGAAAAACGUUGCAAAGCUUGACGACAAUCCCGAAAAUUUAGAUUGCUCCGAGGCCUUCCCGAAACUUCGGAGCAACUUCGAGACGUCCAAGUUGGAUCAACCGUUUAUAAAGUUGGAGCCUAUCGAAGGUUUCGCCAAGUUAGAAAACAGCGGCGCAAGUGCUUACCGGAAAGGGAAUUCUCACAGCUUUGAUAAGUUCGAGAAUGGCUACGAUAUCUCGGGAAAUCAAUCCCGAAGCUUUGAUAAAGGCUUUCAAAAAGCUAGCCCUAAAGUUGUUUCGAUCGGUGCCGCGGAUUUGCACUAUGUCGGGGAACAAAAUGCAACUUCGGAUGAUGGAAACCUGAAGAUAUCGUCUACUAUGGUUGCUUGCAAAAUUUCAGAUGGUAUUCCGAUUCUACAAGACGCAGUGCCGAUAAUGUCGAGUACAUGCGACUCUAAUAUAUUCGGUAGCACGGAAAACCUUGAUAUGUCGAAAAUCACGAAUUACGAUCAUAUCGCUCAUAUGGACAUCUUAAGUACUAAUGGAGUCAUUGACAAAAAUCUGAUGAUUGACGAGAAAUUGGUCGAACAAUUGCAUCUUGUCGAGCAGUCGAAUCUGGUCGAUGAAUUAGUGUCCGAACGAUUGAAAAACAUGAUGCCGGAUGGUAUUCUAGAAGGCAAUUUAAUUCCAAAUCAUUCGAAUUUAGAUACGGAUUUAGACUUUGAAGCAUUAAGCGAGGAAUUCAACAGGAAUACGAGAAAUUAAGGAAGUUUUGGGACACCGCGAUUAAGGUGAUGUGAAAGUGGCGUCGAAAAGGUCGCGUUUAUGAAACUUUUCUCCGAAUUGGGUGUCCCGAAUC